AGGGACGGACAUUUCUGGAAGUCAAGCUUUUUUUCCCCCACUGUUCCCUUUUUCUGUUGUUCACGGUGUUCCUAAAAAAUUUAAAAUUAAAAUAAAAAAAGGAAAGGAAAGAGAUAGAGGAGGUAUACAGCAUAUAGAGGGGGAGCUGAAUAUACAAUCACUGGCUGAACGAAUAUUAUAAACUGUCUUUCAAACGACACAAAGGCUGACAAAAGGGACAUGGACGUCCGUCUGCUAGCACUCCUGUUACUCUGCCUCUGCAGACGAGGACUGACAGACCUGACCAAUGAGGCUCCCAGCAUACCUGCCCCAGACCCAGCAGUCAAUGCCUCCUCCCCAACUGGAGAGGGCUCUUUAGAAAAGGAGGAGAAGGAGGUGGAGGAUGAGGAUGGGAAGAAAGAGAGCUGUACUGCCGAACAGCUCAGCCCAGCAUCCAGGAGAGCAGUGGGGGCGGCCAUCUUGAAGCUGGGUCUAGAGCUUCUGGAGAACCUGAAGACAGGGCCGGAGCAGCCCAACGUGAUCAUAUCUCCCCUCAGCAUCUCACUAGCACUGUCCCAGCUGGCCCUUGGAGCAGCGAACGAGACGGAGAGGUUGCUCCUGCAGUCCCUGAGCGCAGACAGCCUGCCGUGCUACCACCUAGUCCUGCGCAGUCUCUUACAGCACCUGAAAAACAGCAGCAUGAAGAUCGCCACACGCAUCUACCUGCAGCCAGGAUUUAAGGUGAAGCCAGAAUUUAUACUGCAGUCCCUACGCACAUAUGACUCAGAACCAACGCAGCUAGCAGGGCUAGAGGAAAUCAACCAAUGGGUAAAAAAAGCCACAGAUGGCCACAUGACUGACUUCCUGUCAGCUCUUCCUCCGAACCUGGUCCUUAUGCUAAUCAAUGCGGUGCACUUCAAAGGAGAAUGGGUGGCCCGCUUUAACCCCGCCUUAACUGCCAAAGACCGCUUCUACAUUGACAGCAAGAAUAUGGUUGCCGUUGACAUGAUGAUGGAGCAAAAAUACCCGUUGAGUCUGCUGAUGGAUGGUGAGCUGGGUGCUCAGGUGGCACGCUUCCCCUUCAAAGAGAACAUGAGCCUGCUAGUGGUGAUGCCCAUGUCAGGAAAGGUCAAUGUCUCCACCAUCGCUGCCAAACUCAACAUCUCGGACCUGUACGCCCGCCUGCCCGGCCAGACAGCCAUGCAAGUCAGGCUGCCCAAAUUUAAACUGGAGUACAGCCAGGAGCUGGAGGAGGCACUCACUAGCAUGGGGCUGGGGAGUCUUUUCUCGGUGCCGAAUCUGUCGGCCAUCACCGACGGCCCCCUGGUGGUGUCGAGCGUGCAGCACAAGUCCAGCAUGGAGCUGCACGAGGAGGGGGCGGAGGCCUCGGCUGCCACCGCCGUUUCCACCACCCGCUCCAACCUCUCCUUCAGGGCCAACCAGCCCUUCCUGUUCGCCCUGCUGGACGACGCCAGCCAAACGCCCGUCUUCCUCGGGGUCAUCACCAACCCCGACCCGAGUGCAGAGACCAUGCAGAAAGACGAGCCCGAGAAAACAGGCCUCCCUGAUCAUGAGCAUCCUGACGGCUCUGAGGGCCAUCCCGACUAAGAAAGAAGCAAAGUGACUGUAAGGAGGGAGCGAGAAAAUCAAGCUAGAAUUGCACUGCUGUCCAUCAACCAGCAGGGGGAGCGCAAGAGGGACAAAUCCAAAUAAGAACUUGUACACGUGAGCUGCAUGUCUAUGUAUAAUGGAUUGGAUCUGCUGAGUCUCAAUACAUUCAAGGAAUUAAAGACUACCAAUUGAGUACCAGGAGAUUUAAAAAAUUUACUGGUGGAGUAGUUUUCUUUAUUUAUCCAAGUCUAAUUUCGGCAUACGUCAAAGCCGUAUUUCGGCAAAGUAAAUUGUGGGGGUGGGAGGGUCAUCUGCGUGUUGUGAACUAGAUUGUGAUAGGUGUGUGGUACACACAUACAUUUAAACAGGAAUAAACACAAAUGGAUUGAUGUCCAACAAAACUACACAAUUUGUUUGAUACUGUGUAUUUUUUUUCUGAACAUGUUCAGUGUUACUUUCCAUGACAGAAUAUUAUUUGUUUUUCAGUAAUGUUACAGAACCGCUGUUUGUUUCCUUCCAAACAUCAUAACCUUCUCCUCUUGAGGCAAAUCUCUAAUGUUAUUGAUUAAAGAAAGGUGUAAACUAA